CUCUUCAAACUCUCUAUCUUUCAAUUCCCCUGAUUUGAUUUCCAAAAAAAAUCAAUUAUCUUAAUCCUUUAAUCACCUCUCCUAAAAGUACUCCAAUUUAAUGAUUUCUCCCCCUACUUUUUUUGCAAUUAUGCAAAAAUUACCGUUUAUCUUUAUUUUCAUAUGAAUCCAUCAAUUCAUUUUCUUAAACAACCCACCUAAAAUUAAGGUGCUCAACGGAUAAGUUUUUAUAUAUGUAUCAAGAUUUCUCAAACACCGACAUCCACAAUUUCGAUUUUUUAUCAAUUCAAAAGGGAGGAACUCGUAUUAGAAGCAUCGAAGUUUUUCUAUUUCUUUCGCUUGGCGAGCGUUCAAUCAAGACCCAGUCAACAGGACUUUAAUUUUAGGACGGAGGUAAUAGUUUGUUACACACAUUUUUUACUACAUGGCUCCGGCUUUGUCCCCAAACAUGGUAGUUGAUACAAACUACAAGCGCAAGGAUGAACUAAAGGCCUUCGACGAGUCAAAAAUGGGUGUGAAGGGCCUUAUUGAUGCGGGGGUAACACAAUUACCCCGUAUUUUUGUCAAUGACCUACCACCAUCCCCAAUCUCGCCAAAGGUGAACAACAUUCAACAACUAAGUAUUCCAGUAAUAGAUUUCGCAGGAUUAGAAGAUGGAGGUCCUGAGAGACGAAAUGAGAUUAUGAAGGAGUUAUCCGACACGUGUGAGAAGUGGGGGUUCUUUCAAGUCGUGAACCAUGGAAUACCCCAAGAUGUGUUGGAAGAGAUGCUUAAAGGUGCUAGGAGGUUUCAUGACUUGGAUGCCGAGGCCAAAAAAUCGUACUAUAGUCGUGUGAUUGACCCUAAAAAGAAAUUUGUGUUCACAUCCAAUUUUUAUCUCUACACUGGACAUGUGACAAACUGGAGGGAUACUACAAUUGCCAUCAUGAACCCAAUGCCCAAGCCAGAAGAAUUCUCGGAAACCUGCAGGGAUAUAAUGAUGGAGUAUGGAAAUUGCGUGAGGAGACUUGGGUUAACAUUGAUGGAGCUACUAUCUGAGGCUAUGGGUCUAAGCCCAAACCAUUUGAAAGACAUGGAUUCUGCUGAAGAACACUUGCUGUUGACCCAUUAUUAUCCUCCAUGCCCGCAACCCGAAUUGGCAAUCGGAAUCAACCAACACGCUGAUAAUGACAUCCUCACGGUGCUCCUACAAGAUGACAUUGGCGGACUUCAAGUUCUUCAUGAUGAUGUUUGGUAUGAUGUUCCUUAUAUCCCUGGCGCUUUGGUCAUCAACACUGGAGACCUUUUACAACUAAUUAGUAACGACAAGUACAAGAGCGUAAUCCAUAGGGUGCAGUCAAAGAAGGUUGGUCCAAGAAUUUCAGUGGCUUGUUUCUUUAGGCCUGCCAUGAAAAGCCCUAGAUUGCUUGCACCAAUUAAGGAAUUACUAUCCGAUGAAAAUCCAGCAAUUUAUAGAGAAACCACAGUUGGAAAAUAUCAUGCUCAUUACACCAAAAUUGGCCAAGAUUAUGGUGUUGAAUCGGCUCUAGAAUAUUUCAAGCUCAACAAAUAAUUAAUUAAGACGCAUGAUAUUCGAUUGCAUUUCGAAAUAAUGAUCUAAAUAGUAAUUUGAUUGAUCUAUUGUGCUCAUACUUGUACCAAAUUUGUGUUUUACUUCAAUCAAAUAAGUUUAUUGGAAGCAAAUGCAAAGUAACCGCCGGCUA